CUGAGAACUGCCUGAGCUGAGCAGCUGAGAGGCAGAAGGGGAGGGAGCUGUUCACUCACAUACACUCACACACACAUUGUCACACACACACACACACACACGCGCGUACAUACACGCAGAGUGAGAGGAGAGAAGAGGAGAGGGAGAGGAGGAGAGGAGACAGAGAGGAUUGUAGAAAAGGAAAACAGUCUCCACGGCUCCGCAGCUUCUGACAAGGCAGCCUAAGAAACAGGAUGUUAAUGCUUGACGGAAUGCCUGCAGUGCGAGUCAAAUCUGAGCCCCUGGACUCGGAACAAGGGUCACCUAAAGUUCGCUCUUACUCUGCGAUGGACGGCGUCCCCUUCUUCCUCAGCAGAGUUAAACCCGAACCUCCAGAGGACCUGCUCGCUCACGACCUGCACUUCCACACACAGACUGAGCCUGUCGACCUGUCAAUCAACAAACCCCGCCCCUCCUCUCUAUCCAACACCCCUACCACCACCUCAUCAUCUUCCCCCCUCAGAUACGCUUUCUCCCCGUCUUCUUUAUCGUCGUCAUCCUCCUCCUCCUCCUCGCCAUCAGUGAUCACCUCAGCCUCGUCGGUGCUCACGCCGGGCCCUCUGGUUGCCCCCGGGAGUGGGGUGAGAGGUCAGCCGUAUUUGCACAUCCUGCACUCUGUGCCGCCGCCUCCAUCCAGCCCUCUGAGCCUGCAGGGAGCAGGGAAGCUAGCCAGCCAUGUUCACCGCAUCCCUGUUGUGGUGCAGUCACUGCCCCUCAUGUACACCACUGCCGUUCGAUCGCCCUCCAGCCUAAACAACGCCAUCAUGCUACCUCUGCUGGACGAGGUGAAAAGACAGGGCAAAGCACACACAGACCACAACGGCCUGUCGCCAAGGCAGAUCAAGAGUGACAGUGACGACGACGACCUGCCAAACGUGACCUUGGACAGUGUUAAUGAGACGGGCUCCACUGCGCUGUCUAUAGCCCGCGCCGUACAAGAUUCCAUGUCCCCGUUCAGUAUUGAAAGCAUACGACGCCCCCGGAGGUCAGAGUCACCAGAUUCCAAAAAGAGAAGAAUUCACAGAUGUGACUUUGAGGGCUGCAAUAAGGUGUACACCAAAAGCUCCCACUUAAAAGCACACCGGAGGACGCAUACAGGGGAAAAGCCAUACAAAUGCACCUGGGACGGAUGCACGUGGAAGUUUGCCCGCUCUGAUGAGCUGACGAGGCAUUACAGAAAACACACAGGGGUGAAGCCCUUUAAGUGCGCAGACUGUGACCGCAGCUUCUCCAGAUCUGACCACUUGGCCCUGCACCGGCGGAGACACAUGCUGGUGUGAAUCAGAUGGAGAAAGAUAAAGAGGAAUGGAAAGAGAGAGAAAAGAGAUCAAUGGAACAGCCACACACAAACAGGCAGCCGGGGGAGCGGGAUCUCCCUAUGAAUGUUUUACAGCUGGCCUGGACGCACACAUGUACACA